AGCUGGUAGUCUUUGAUCCUUUGACAUAUUCAACAAAUAUCAUUAUUAUUCAUCUAUGAAAUUUUCAACACUGGGCUUGGACUACUGAAAUCGACUUUUAAAAUAAUUUUUUCUAUAUAGUUUUCCAUGCAUCUCACUUUUGGAUUCACCCAACAAUUCUACCACCUGCUAUCUGCCUCUUCACAUGAAGUUCAACAAACCCAGAAACUUUUAUGCACUUGUAUAUCUAUUAGUGUUUCUUUUCUUCUCUCUUAACUUUGGAUGCCUUCGAGCCAAUGCUUCAUCUGGAAAAGAGAUUGAUCAACUUGCUUUGCACAAAUUCAAACAAGGAAUAAUUAGUGAUCCAUAUGGUGUCUUCAACUCAUGGAAUAAUUCUCUUCAUUUCUGCAACUGGACUGGAAUCACAUGUGGCCGUCGCCAUCAAAGAGUCACCUCCUUGGUCUUAGAAGGGCAUAAUCUGGUUGGAUCUAUAUCACCACAUAUUGGCAACCUCAGUUUUCUCAGAUUCAUCAACCUCCAAAACAACAGCUUCUAUGGUGAAAUUCCACAACAAGUUGGCAAGUUAUUUCGACUACAAGAAUUUCUUCUUGCAAAUAAUUCAUUACAAGGUGAAAUUCCAUACAACUUGACUCGCUGCUCCCAACUUAAGAUGAUAUAUUUACAGCUGAAUAAUCUCACUGGAAAAAUCCCAGCAGAAGUUGGUUAUCUGACAAAGCUAGAGAUGAUUCAACUUAGUCGGAAUAAUCUGGUAGGAGAAAUUCCACCUUCGGUAGGCAACCUUUCAUCUCUUAUGAUAUUUGCUGUUAUGUUUAAUAAUUUAGAGGGAAGUAUUCCAAUUGAGUUGGGUCGAUUAAAAAGCUUGAAUAUUUUCGCUGUUGGAGUUAAUAGAUUAUCAGGUUUAAUCCCUCCAUCUCUUUUCAACAUUACAUCUUUGACUUAUCUGGCAGUUACAAACAACCAACUUACUGGUAAUCUCCCUGACAACAUUUGCUUCACUCUCCCAAAUCUUCAAAAUGUCGUAAUUGGUGGAAACUAUUUCUCUGGCCCAAUCCCAAAUUCAUUGUCCAAUGCAUCUCAGCUUCUAAGGGUUGAUUUUUCUAGUAACAAUUUUGUGGGACGAGUUCCCUCUAAUCUUGGAAAUUUACAGAGUCUGUUAUGGCUGAACUUCGAGUUAAAUAAUCUUGGAAAUAAUUCUUCGAAUGAUUUGUUUUUCUUCACCUCCUUGACAAAUUGUAGUAAUCUAGAGACCUUGUCUAUAUACGAUAAUAAUUUUGGAGGCGUUUUACCAAGCUCCGUAGCCAAUUUUUCAACUAGCCUCAUUAGGUUAUAUUUGGGAGUAAAUGAAAUCACUGGAGUUAUUCCUGCGGCAAUUGAAAAUCUUGCCAACUUGAUGGCAUUGCAUAUGAACGAGAACCUCUUCACAGGUUUCAUCCCUUCUCAGUUUGGAAAGCUUCAAAAUUUGCAGUCACUAUUUUUAAGUUAUAAUCAAUUGUCAGGUCAAAUUCCCUCCACCAUUGGUAACCUCACUCAAUUAUCUGUUCUUGUGCUGUCAGGAAACAAAUUAGAAGGAAGCAUUCCUUCAAGUAUUAGAAAUUGCCAACAUUUGUACAGUCUAUAUGUUGCAGAAAAUAGACUAAGUGGAGAGUUGCCUAAGGAAGUUUUAGGACUUUCUUCCUUAUCAAAAUCAUUAAACUUAUCUCUAAACUCUUUCAGUGGGAACUUACCAACAGAAGUGGGAAAGCUUAAAAAUGUAAAUAUGCUGGAUAUCUCCGAAAAUAAUCUUUCAGGCGAAAUUCCCAAAGCUAUUGGUGAUUGUGUGAGCCUAGAAUAUCUUUAUAUGCGAGGAAAUUUUUUCCAAGGAACCAUCCCUUCAUCAUUAGCUUCCCUUAAAAGCCUUCAACGAUUAGAUCUUUCACGAAACAACUUGUCUGGACAAAUACCCAAAGAUCUCCAAGAAAUCCCUUACCUUCAUCUCUUGAAUCUUUCUUUCCAUGAUCUUGAAGGAGAGUUACCAAAAAGAGGAGUAUUUGCUAAUGUCAGUGCGUUGUCACUGAUUGGGAAUAACAAGCUUUGUGGUGGUGUCCCAGAACUCGGUUUGCCAGAUUGCCCGACUGGAAUCAUGAAGAAAGUGAAAUUCCAUGCUAUUAAGCUAUUAGUCAUAAUUGCUUGUGUGGUUCUAUUUGUGCUUUUGAUUCUCAUCCUUUUUCUUAUUCUUUGGAUGAGAAAACUAAGAACCAAGCCUUCUUUUGCACCCUUAGAGACAAACCACCUGCUAAAGGUAUCUUAUAAAGACCUUUAUCAAGCAACAGAAGGGUUCUCUUCUACAAAUUUAAUUGGUUCAGGGAGCUUUAGCUCUGUGUAUAAAGGAUUUCUACCUCAAGUUGAAAGACAAGUAGCUAUUAAGGUACUCAACCUCGAGCAAACGGGUGCCAUUAAGAGCUUCAUGGCUGAAUGCAAUGCACUGGGUAAUGUAAGGCAUCGAAAUCUUGUUAAGCUCAUAACUUGUUGCUCCAGUUUAGAUUAUAAAUCUAAUACAUUCAAAGCCUUGAUUUUGGAAUAUAUGGGGAACGGAAGCCUAGAAAAGUGGUUGCAUCCAUGUGAAAGUGGUGAAAAUCAACCAAGAAGCUUGACCCUUCUUCAGAGGCUUGAUAUUGCCAUUGAUGUGGCAUCAGCAUUACAUUAUCUACAUGAUCUUUGUGAUAAGCCUACCAUUCAUUGUGACAUAAAGCCAAGCAAUGUUCUUCUUGAUGAUGAUAUGGUUGCUCAUGUAAGUGAUUUUGGUCUAGCAAAACUUUUCACAACAAAUGACGAUUCAUCUCUAAGUCAAACCAGCACGAUUGGAAUCAAAGGAACCAUUGGCUAUGUUGCUCCAGAGUAUGGAAUAGAUGGUUUAGCUUCAAAAGAAGGAGACGUUUAUAGCUUUGGGAUUCUUGUACUAGAGAUGUUAUCAGAAAGAAGACCAACAGAUGAAAUAUUCAAACGGGGAUUAAAUCUCCAUGACUAUGCAAAGGCAGCAUUGCCAAAAAGGGUUUUGCAAAUUGUGGAUCCAACCCUUCUCCCUAUAGAAAGAUCAAGUGAAGAAUAUGAAGACGAUGAAAUAGUGGAAGCAGAAGGAACCAAUCACCAUGGGAACUUGAGCCAAUGCCUAGUUUCAAUGUUGGAAAUUGGAGUUGCAUGUUCAAAGGAAUCUCCUAUGCAACGAAUGAAUAUGGCAGAUGUCAUCAAAAAAUUGCACUUGAUAAAGAAAACUUUUCUAGAUACUCGGAUAUUUAAAAGCAGAGCAAAAGAGAAAGUGAUUGAAAGGUGCUUAUCCUUUCAAGACUAAGUCGGACUGAACAAAUGUUCACUUUUUUAAAUUGUGAUCAAUGCAAAAUCUAUGUUCCUUUAUUGUUCUCAAGUUUUGUCUUGGUUCUUGUU